UGCCACCUGUCAGUGUCCAUGAGUGACAGCUAUCAGUGCUCAUCAAUGCCACCUGCCUGUGCCCAUCAGUGCCACAUCAAUGCCACAUAUCAGUGCCUACCAGUGCAUAUCAAUGCCACAUAUCAGUGCCCAUCUGAUCUGCCUUUCAGUGUGACCUAUCAGUGCCAGUCAGUGCCACCUAUCAAUGCCAUUCAAUGCUACCUAUCAGUGCUGCCAAUCAGUGCCGCCUAUCAGUGCUGCCUAUCAGUGUGCAUCAGUGCCACCUAUCAGUGCCUCCCAUCAGUGCCACCUAACAGUGCCAGUCGGUGCUGCCUAACAGUGCCAGUCAGUGCUGCCUAUCAG